AUGGAUGAUGUCGUGGAUGAACUAUCCUCACAAGACCGGCGAUUCGGCAAUUUAAAAAAGAAAGGCGCUUCAGAUAGGCUGCACCUGCUGAUGUCGAAGCAGAAAUCCAAAGAUAGCAAAAGCAAAUCGGCCUCUGGUAUUGUAGAGGACUUCUCCGAAGCAGACGUGCUUCUAACCGAGCUACAGGAGCUGAAGGCCGAGAAGGAGCAAGCCGCAGUGGCAGUGGUGACAGCCAAGCAUGCGGAAAAGGCUGUGGCCGAGCAGAUGCGAGCCGAUGCUUGCAGGACCCUUUCGGAGAAAUCUUCAGCGGAAGACCGGCCCCAGAAAACCAAGCGGAGCAGCACGUACGAUCAAGCGGAUCCUAUUAUUACGUACCUCGAGAAGAAAAAUGAUGCUCUUCUCAAGAUUGAGGAGAGAAAAGUGUAUUUGGAGGAGGAGAAGUUUGCUGCUUCUCAUGGUGCAAAUGCAGUCGCACUGGAGGAGCGAAGACUCGCGCUGCAGGAGAGGGAGAUGGCCCUGAAGGAAGAGGCUCAACGGGACGAGCUUGCGUCAAAAAAGAAAAAAGGAACAAGAAGAGAGCAAGAAAGCAGAAGAUGACCGUCAAGAUCGCAAGCAAAAGGCAGAACAGGACCGCGAGGAACGCAGUAUGUUUCUGCAGCUAAUGGCAGCCACUGUCAAAAAAUGCAAUAGCUUUUUCACUUCUUCACGAAGGAACAGCCCUUGCUUUGUAGCUUAUCCACUAGUCCCGCUUUCACCCAGCACUUCACAGUUGUAUACCUGUAACCAUUCCAAUGUUAACGUCAUUCUAACCAGUGUUAUCAAUGCCUUUUGACCAAUUUCACCAUGGAAUUUCAUUGAACAGAUAUAACAGAGUCUUCACCAUUCCAUAAUUGAAUGAAUGACUAAACGUAGUCUGUUUUUAAAACUGCUAAGUAGAGGGAAUAUCCACAGCCAAGAUGUUUACAGUUCUUUCAUGGUCUAA